UAAGGUUUCGGGUUUCUUUAUUUUUAAAUUAAUAAUAUGGCAAAUUUUUUAAAAUCAUUAAUUAUAGUUUCGGAAAAAGCAGCAAAUAUUGCACGAGCUUGUCGUUCAGAAAAAGAAUUAUUUGAAUUAUUAAUUGAAGAGAAAAAAGGUGCCGAAGGAAAUGAAAAACGUUUUUUCCAAGAUUUUAAAACGUUAGCGGAUGUUUUAGUACAGGAAACAGUUCGACAUGAUCUUGAAAAAGAGUUUCCCAGUUUAUGUGGAAAUAUUCGUGGGGAAGAAAGUAAUACAUUCAGUAAUACUUUAAAUAAAACAAUUACAGUGGAAGUGAAAGACGAUCACCAGGAAACUGUUGACCUGUUGUCGACGGUUUUAGAUGGACACACCCGUGCAGCAGAACUUUUAACAAAUGAAGUAUACAAAAAUGUUUGUUUUGAGUCAAUCAACUCAAAUAAACUUGAUAUCCCAGAUGAUAUUGAAUUAAAUUUAGACAACGUUGGAAUUUGGAUUGACCCUAUCGAUUCGACAUCGGAAUAUAUUAAUGGGUAUAUUUCAUCAAGUUCACAUACUGAAAUCCAUAGAAAAGGUUUACAAUGUGUAACAGUUUUAAUUGGUUGUUUUAAUAAAAUUACUGGUUUACCCAUUGCUGGGGUAAUAAAUCAACCAUUUUAUAAUUUUGAAAAUAACAGAUGGCAGGGUAAGUGUUUUUGGGGAAUUCAAACAAAUGGACAAGUUUUAACAUCUGAAGAAAUUGUCACCGAUUUAACAAAUAAUAUUGUUUUAAGUCGUAUUGAAAAAGAAAAUGUUCAAGAAAAAUUACGUGAAAAUGGUUUUAAUCUUUUAAAAACUGCCGGAGCUGGUUAUAAAAUCUUAACAGUUGUCUGUGGAUUAGUUGAUGCAUAUGUUAUAAGUCUCGAUACGAUUUUCAAUUGGGAUACAUGUGCUCCACACGCGAUUUUACAAGCUUUAGGCGGGAAUAUUAUUGAAUUUGAAUCAAUGGUAAUCAAUAAAAAUAAGAAUAUUCUUAAAUAUAACGAAAAUUUUGAUACAAAGACUAAAGAUAUUCAAGUAUGGAAACAUUCUUUGGGUGUUAUUGCGUAUCGAAAUAAUGAUGUUUUAGAAAAACUUAUCAAUGUACUCUCGAAUUAAAAGUAUUUAAUUUUAGUUAAUUUUAUUGUUCAAUUCAAGAAGGGUAUAAAAUUACUUAAGUAUUGUGAUUAAUGUUCUAAUUCAGAAUCUAUUUUUUAGAUUAAUUCUAUUCCUGUAUUUAAAAAAAAAGGAUCUUCCUACGGAAGCCUGAAUAUCUCAAUAGCUUUUUUUUUAAAGUGUCUACCCACAAAUAUAAAACCAACUAGUUCACUUUCAACCAGUGCACUUGUAACUUGUGGGACAUUAUGGAAACAAACCUUUUUGAAAAUGUCAGUCGGUAAUGACUAUUCUUUAAUUAGCCACUACCGAAACUGUCUAGAAUUAUUAAUAAUUGUAUGU